GCGCUACGGUAUGGUGGAUACAGCGAACUUAAUCAUGAGCAAGCUAGACUUGUGCUCGCUUGUCUACUGCUACCGUAUUGCGAUUUGGUAUCACAGCCUAUUGCGGUCAGGAAUUUGGACUCCGGAGUAGUCGUGAAUAAACAAUUGAUAAGUCUUUGUUAGCCGUUCGGCGUACGAGACUAGCUUUGAUAUCAACAUCUAGAGCUACCGGUAUUUGGUCUGCUACAUGUAGUUCCUUCGGAAUAUUUAUUUAUUAACCGUGUUGAUGCCCGCGAGUUGGCUAUCCAUAUACCUAUCGUGUUUUCCGUCUCGAGUAUUGGUUUCACUGGUUUCUGUAGCCGAAAUUUCUACUGCGUAGUAUCUCCCUAGGACGGUGCCAAUAUCAUACGAUCAUAUAAUAAACCUACUACUAUACAGAUUUUACAUUCAUGGGCCGUCUAACCAUUAUUGCGUCGCUCGCCGGCGCCAUCUGGGCCUCUGCCGCUGUUGCUGAAGAAAUCUGCACAACAGAGCAGGCACCUAAUCUGCUGGUGAACCCUUCAUGGGAAGACGGUCUCAGUGGUUGGCUGUAUAAUUUCCCCGGUGGUACCAGUUCACUCAGUUCCGCUGUUGCUAGCGAUGGGCAGACUUCUCUGCUUCUCCCAUCCUCUGCGUCCUACAGUUUGAUGCAACAGACUGUGAACAACCUUGUGGUUGGCGAGACAUACACCGCCUCGAUUGACUUUCAGGGUAUCGUGAACUCAAAUUAUGCAAUCACGGAACAAUGCAUUAUUUACUUCUAUCACGAUGCCCUCACCACCACCAACCUCUUUCAAUCUAAGGUGCAACCGUUCAACCGCGCCAUCGGCUUUUCGUGGCAGACAUUUAGCGGUACCUACACAGCAACAAGCAAUACUAUGUCAUUGGGCUUCUAUGCUUCUUGUACGCCGUACAGGUCGCCAGUGAUCUUCAAUGCGUAUCUCGAUAAUGCAUCUCUUCGGGGGCCCCCAACUACUGUCUGUGUAACGCCCACUCCUAGCGAAACGCCAACACCAACGCCGACGCCAACUCCAAUUGAUACUCCAAGUGAUACACCAUCACCAGAACCCACGCCUUCAUCAACCCCAGCAUCAUCGUCUAUCCCGGCCUCGCCAUCAUCAACUCCAGCUUCCUCAUCUAUCCCAGCUUCGCCAUCGUCGACUCCGGCAUCAUCGUCUAUCCCAGCUUCCUCGUCUCUUCCUGUGCCACCCAUCGUCAACUCCAGCUUCCUCGUCGCUACCAGUACCACCGUCGUCGACUCCGGCAUCAUCACAACCGGCGCCACCAUCUUCAACCCCCGCUUCAUCUCUUCCAGCACCGCCGUCAUCCACGCCGGCUUCUUCCCUCCCAAUACCAUCAUCCACUCCAGCUUCAUCAUUCCCAACCCCAUCAUCGUCAGCUCCAGCUUCAUCUCUUCCAACACCACCAUCAUCUACGCCAGCUUCAUCUCUACCGGUACCGCCGUUUUCGACUCCAGCUUCCUCAUACCCAGCACUACCAUCUUCGACUCCAGCUUCGUCAUUGCCGGCUCCGUCAUCGUCAAUUCCAGCUUCGUCUCUCCCGGUACCUCCGUUUUCGACUCCAGCUUCGUCUUUUCCAGCAUCGCCCUCAUCCACCCCGGCUUCAUCUCUCCCGGCAUCAUCAUCUCUACCGUUGCCUCCGUCAUCAAUACCUUCGAUUUCGCUUCCGGUGCCUCCGUCUAACACUCCUUCCGUUCCCCCGGUUUCCAGCCACCCAGCUUCAUCAGCCCUUCCUUCUUCGUCUCAUAUUGUCUUGCCUUCCAGCUAUCCUGCUUCAAGCCAGCCCUCAAGCGCCCCAGCUGCUUCACCUUCAGGCUUGCCCACGCCUAGCACGUCUGCAUCUGCGUCUAUCUCUGUUCCUCCCACUUCCAGCUACCCGGUGUCUUCUUCAUACCCCCAUUCCAGCUACCAGGCAUCCUCGGUAAUUCCCAGUUUAUCUUAUAG